AACUCCGCUCGCUCAUCGUCUGUGGCGGCGGUUCGCAGGGGACGUUGCUGCUGCAACAGCUUCUGCCGUGAUGAUAACACCACUAGUGGUAAUCAUCGACAGGGCAAUCGUAGAGCAAUCGUCCUCAAAGCGACCAAUGCUACAAUGCCUUCGCCUGCAUUUUUCCAAUGCGAUGAAGCGUCCCAGCCGCUUUGUCCUCUCUCGGCCGUUCGGCAUUGUAUGGACGCUAUACGCGGCGACUUACAUAGUUGCCAACACUUCAGAAACCUUUGCGUCUACCAGAGAUAACGUACCCAUUGGGAGUGUCGUGCUUGCGUCGACCUGCUUGGUCAACGUUCCACUUGGUGUUUGGAAAGAUGUCAGGUUUGCGCAGCUAUUUGGCGUCGGGAAAGCUUCCGUGAUUGCCGGUGCCGCUGCCUCUACACACACUGCCAAGGUCGGAAGAACCCCGAUCUCGGCUGCAGCCACCUUUCUCGCUAGGGACACGCUCACCCUCUUUGGCUCGUUCACACUGGCACCAUGGUUAUCUGCAUCUCUGCCGGAAGUCUCGCUUUUGAGCUCACAGGCGCAAGCGGUUCUUACGCAGUUGACUGUACCAGCUUUGACACAGAUUGGCGCAACGCCGCUGCACCUUCUCGGGCUGGAUCUGUGCAACAGGCCUUACCGUAUGUCUUGGCGUGAAAGAAUGAUUCAGAUCAGGUAUUAUUUGCUCUCGACGACAAUGGUGAGGUGUGUUCGGAUACUGCCUGCUUUCGGCUUUGGAUGUCUCACAAACACGGCAUUACGAGAGUAUCUGCAUGGAGACAGCGGACUGUUGACUGGACCGAACGGCGACAUU